GGCUGCCGGGAGCGGCAUGGCGGCCGGAAGCGGCGCGCGUCGCGCUUGGGUGGCAGCGCCGCUGGAGGCGGUCGGUGAGUAGCGGUGUGCGGCGGGGGCUGGGGGGGGUCGCGUGCCGCCUCCGUGCGCCGAACUAGCGGCGAGACGGCGGCCUUGCGCGUUCCUAAAUGCCGACUGAGUAUUUCAUGUCAGUAGCUGCGCGCUCAGGGCGCGCGUUCCUUUGUUUGGGUGACGCUGGCUGACUGCGGGGCUGGGUGGGACGCCUACGCAGCGAGACAGCGGUGCGUGCACGUGUGUCUGUAGGCGCGUGUUUAAGCGCGUCCCCCCCCGCACAGGUUUCCCGCGUUGAUGUGAUAAUUAACGGUAUAUAUUCUUUCUCCUACAGCCCUCCCGUAGCGCGUGGAUCGCUCUCGAUGCGGACUGACGCCCGGGCGGUCGGGCCAGGCCUCCCCGAGGCGGCCGAGCACCCCCGGGUGCUGAGGAGAGGCCGUGCCCGCACCCAGCCCCGCCCCGAGCUCCCGCCUCGGGCAGCCCCAAACGUCUGUGGCCCCUUAGGCCGUGUUUGCACCUAAAUCGCUUCCUUCUUCCCCUGGGAGGGCUGAGUGAUGAGUCAGUAACACGCUCGGCCCCUCUUUGCGCCCCGUGAAAGCAUUCACUGGGAGAAAUGUGGCUGGAGGAGAAACUUCUAGAACAGCGCAGCCAUCGCAGUGCAGGCUGAUUUGUUUUGUGAUGUCGUCAGAUGUUUUGUGGGGAGCAUAUAAACAGGAGGGGGAACGGCUGUUUAUGAGGGUGGGUAGUGAUAGGACAAGGGGGAAUGGUCUUAAACUGAGACAGGGGAGGUUUAGGUUAGAUAUUAGGAUGAAGUUUUUUACCCAGAGGGUGGUGACUCAAUGGAACAGGUUGCCCAAGGAGGCUGUGGAUGCCCCAUCCCUGGAGGCACUCAAGGCCAGGCUGGAUGUGGCUCUGGGCAGUCUGGUCUGGUGGUUGGCGACCCUGCACAUAGCAGGGGGUGUGAAAUCAGAGGACCAUUGUGGCCCUUUUCAACCCAGGCCAUUCUGAUUCUAUGAUCAGUUCUUAUCUUCCUUCAGCCUGCAUUAGGCUUUUCUGCAGGAAAGCCAUGUCUGUGUCCCCAUAUGCAGCCUGUGUGACACCAACGUGUCCUGUUGGUGCUGUGCUGACUGCCCUGUGCUUUGUUACAGCUUUUUUCUGACGUUGUGCUGUGAAUAUAGUUGCCAUCUCAGGUAAAGAAAGCCGACCUGUGUAACAGACACGUCUAGCUAACACCACAGGCAAUAUGCAUGACUUUUUUUUCCUUUGGACUUCAGUUUAUGUUCCUCCUCUUUCUUCAGUACCUUUUUGAUGCAGGAGAGAGGGCGGUGGCUUACAGGAGCUUCAUUUUAAGCGUCUCUUUAACCUUUAAGCACUGAAAUUUGCUCUGUGAUAUAAUCACUGUUCUGCCACCUGCAGUUUGUAACUGAUUUUUGGUUUUGUUGUACUGUUUCCCCAGGUAUUGCUCCUACUUUUAAGGUUCCAUUUGCUGUAGAAAUCCCUGGCCUACCUUUUUUAUGUUCUCUUCCUUCUGCCCUGUUACCUCCACAGCUCACCUUGUAGACCAAUCUGACACACUAGAAUGGCAGGAAAAACUCCUGUGUUGCUGGAUUUCCAGCUGCUUUGUGCUCAGUUAGCUCGUGGAAGGCUGGUCAGAGGGUGAGCUGACAGGGAACAUGAUGGGGGGAACAGCUGAGAAAAGAGAGAUAUCCCUGUGGACAACACUGAGCCAUUAGAUCAACUUAGCUGUCCAAGCAGCCAUAACAUUGCCUGAUAACUGCACCACAGCCACGGCGUGGUUUGCAUUACAUUUCUGAAGUACCAAGGAUAAAAGAAGUAGUGUAAAAGUUUUAAAGCAACCCAGUAGGCUUGAAAACACGUUCCUAUCUUAACACAGAUACUACCCAUUGCUACAGUGGGUUGUCUCAGUGCAUGAUACUGCAGUCUGUAAGUAGCUGUUUUCCAUAGCGGCUGCUGAUCUGUUGCCCAGCUUUGUACAGCUGUACAAAGGCUGCUGGUAGCUUACUGUAAUGUUACAAGUGCUGAUGUACAGACAGGCUGCUUGGUACUGGCCUGAACGUCUGGGACCAGCAGGCCAAUGUUCUCUCCUCUUUUCUUUUUGCAUGUGUCUGAAAUAAAAGGUCAGUUAGUUAAUUUGUCUUUAUUCUAUUCAUCAGUGCAAUCAAUGGCAUGGGCUCUGGUAACGUAGUACUACUGCUGGGUGAUUAUACCUGGGGAGGCGUUGUACAUCUCAAAGCAGUACCUCUCCUUUAAAAAAGGAGAGCAGAAACAACAGGGAACAUAAGGAGAGAAUAACUGGGGGGAAAAAGGCAUGCAUUCUUUUUGAGAGGGAUGGCAAAAUAAACGGUGGCUUGCAAAGAACAAAUAUUGUUUAUCAAAUCAAGGUAUGCUUAAGAAGGAAUUACCUUUAGGUUAGUGUUGCUCACCUUUUUGAGUGUAUGAAGAUGAUUCGUAGUUACAUGGUGAGAAACUGCCUGAAGUUCCAGGCAUGUGAUCUACGUAUUUCAUUUAGUCUAGAGACCUGAGACUGCUUCAGGCAAAGCAUUUGAAUAGAAGUCCUCUGAACAAGUUAGAGAUGUUUUCUCAUUAGCGAUGGUAUGGAAUGUACAGUUAGCAUUUAUUUUAGUGUGUUUGACACCAGCACAACUUCAUUUGUUGUAUAAAGACAUCAAAUUCCCACCUGGACUAAAUAUACGGUAAUAGAGAAUUGAGAGACUGAGACAGUGCUAUUGCUGCUGCGUGAGAAAAGAAUUGGAGUGCUUGGCUUUCAUUUGUAGUCCAUUAAACUUGUGUACUUAAAGCCUGAUCAGUUAAUGUUUGCCUGCAGCGAGCCUAGGACCCUGCUGUUUGUAGGCCUUCUAGCCCUACUUGAAAACUAACCAUGAUCUCUGAAGGCGCGUGUGGGCUGAUGCUUCUGUCCUCACCUUUUACUGUAGCCUCUGAUUUUAUAAAUUAUGAUAUACCAUCUCUGCAUGCUGCUGAACACAUUGCAAGUGUCAGUAGGACACGCCGUCUUCUCAUUUUGAGCCCUUCAAGUGGUCAUAGGGGAUUGAUUUGAAAUGAGCUGAUACAUUCUACAGACUGCGCUUUUUUGUUGUUAUUAAUAGUGUUGACCUGUAGCAUCCUGUCCAGUUCUGUAGAGUCUCUCCUUGCCCAUUAUUAGAGGUGAUUUGGAAUCAAACUGGUAUUUACAGCUAUCCAGGACUGUCUUUUUUUCAAAAGGAGCUGUAAUCUGAGUUAGUUCUGUAGUGUGAGGCAGAGUUGAAGGGGCAUCGUGCUGUCAGAGAGAGUGUUGGUCAGUAGAAAUAAUGAAGGAGAAAUUGUGGCUCAAAGGAAGGUAGUAACCUUGAUGACUUUGCUGUUCAUCUUAUCUCUUCCUCCUGAAUCUUAAAGAGAGAAAUAUUGAUUGUCGUUAUUCUUCCAUUUGAAGUCAGCAGGAACAGCAUUGGGUCCCUGUAGUUUUAAACCUGUUUCUUUGGCUGAUUCAGGUUGUUAGCAUCAGUGCCAGCGAGGGAAUGGUCUUAAGCAGGCUUAAGGAGCAGCUUGCUGAUGUGUGCUCUGUUUGUACUGAAGUCUUCCUCCACAAAUAUGUGUGUGUAUGAUAGGUGAGAAAGGCAGAAAUUGGCUCUGAAUUCAAGAAAUCAUACAAAAUGGAAUACGUGAUGUCAGUUGUAAAAUAUGCAGUAGAUUUAUGUAGCAGUGAUACUGCAGAAGAGCUUGUAUUUGCUAGUGAAUCUAUAACGCUGUUAAAGUAAUGGGAGAGGUUUCCCAACAGUGACAGUAACAGCAGGGUGCCCUUUGCAGUUAGAAGCGGUUGCAUUUACAAGCUGAGCUUCUUAUCAUUCAUUAUGCACCAAUUUUACUGCUCUGAAAACUGCUAUAGCGGUGUUUGGGCUUUUAAUUAUUUCUUUUUUCAUUAGUAUUCCUCCACAGCUUUCUGUAACUGUGCGAGAUCUCAUUGUAGCCAUUUUGUAAGGGAAAUUCAUUUUGUCUGAGAGUUAGAACAUAGUAAGUAGGGAUGCUGGGGCAAGGCAUCUGUGCCCAGUAUAGCACACUUGGCAAAUAGGUGAGAUCUUGAGCAUGCAGAGAGUGGAUAAGUUUACAAAUUCAUGGCCUAAAGCUGUUAAAUCUAGUAUGUGACUUAAUUUAAAGUUUGGAGUUCAGCAUAUGUGCUAGAAAACAUGUAUUUUGAAUCAAGAAAACACUCUUCUGAUGUCCUUACCGCAGUUAGUAUGGGCUGCAUUAUUGUUGGUGUGUUUUUCCCUCCCCCCAAAAAUUUAACUGAAUUUUUCUUUAAUUGUUGUAUUCACUUCUUAUUUUGCAGGAGUCUUUGAAAAAUCCUUAGUGGUCAUGACAUUGUUACAAGUGAGAUAAAUUAGCCAGUGGCUCAGAGGGAUGGAUACCCAGAAGACUACAAAUGAGCCAUGCUCCCGUGGAAAAAACUUCACCUGACUAUUGUCCAGUCUGCAAAGAGAAGGGCCAGGUUCAAGUUUUACGGACUUACCGCAUCAAUUUUCAGGAGUCCAUUUAUCUUUGUGAAAACCCUCAGUGUAUCUACCCGCUUGGUUACAAACCAUUUAACAGCAUAAUCAUUUCUGCUGAUUCAGAAAAUCUUCAAGUUCCAUCUUAUGAUAAGAAAAGGAAAUUGUGUGAUAUCAGUGACCUUUCUCCCAUCGAAUCAAACCCAAAACAAGCAAGAACUAAUAAUGUGGUAAAUGUUGAGCAGGCUAUUAAUACAGACCCUGUUGUCAAAAGCUGUGGUGAUAGCUUAUGUAUCCCUCAGUCAAGGGUAUGUGAUGUGUUAGAAAAUGGCCAACAAAAAUCUAAUAGUGAGGAAUCCAUCAAUCAGAAGGUGGAUUUUGAAACAACCUCUAACACCAAUGGCCAUCAAGAAAGUCCGCCUAAGAAUUUUAGCUCCAGAACACAACUCUUGCCAAACUCUACUCACAGCUCAACAGCAUCUGAAGUUUUGCUCAGAGACAACAACUGUUCCACAAAUAACACAGAAUUAUGUCUUCAAUGGAGAAACAAGUAUAAUCUUUGUUGGUUAGAUUGUGUUUUGUCUGCACUGGUACACUUAGAAGCAUUAAAAUUUGCUCUGGUAGAGGAAGAUGAUGAAAAAUGUUUACUCCAGAGGCUCUUGACAAAAUACAGUCAAGCAACUGUUCUACUGAAUACCUGCAAAAGAGGUAAAGUAAAAGACAUUCUUCCUAAAGCAGAACUGCUUCUCAAUGAAAUAAGAAACCAAAUUUUUAUACAACUUCAGCCACAGCUUAAGUGUGAAUUAGGUAAGGAGGAAAGUCCAGUGUUUGCACUCCCUCUGCUCUUAAAACAGGAUCAGCAUGCUGAGAAACUCUUCUCGCAUUCAUUUUCAUGGAAGUUUGAAUGCAUGUGCUGUGGCUACAAAUACCUGGACCGAUGUAGGAAAACACUAACAACGUUCACAAAUAUAAUCCCUGAUUGGCAUCCGCUUAAUGCUGUUCAUGUUGCUCCGUGCAAUAACUGCAGUGAUAGAUCUCAAAGAAGACAGAUGAUUUUGGAAAAAGUACCCUCAAUAUUAAUGUUCCAUUUCCAAGAAGGCUUGCCACAUAACAAACUGAAGAGUUACUCGUUUCAGCUUGAAGAAGAUGUCUACCAAAUAACAUCUGUUAUUCAAUAUGCAGUGCAUAAGAAGCACUUCAUAACCUGGUCGUUGAAUCCUGAUGGAACUUGGCUUGAAUGUGAUGAUUUAAAGGGUCCGUAUUGCAGGAGACACAAAAGAUUUGAAGUUCCUCCGACGGAGAUUCAUAUUGUCAUCUGGGAAAAGAAAGCAUCACGUUUGCCAGAAGAACAGGAUUCACAGUAUCAGAGUAAAAAUAUUGAAGAUUCUUCUACUAAUAAUGUGCAGUUAAAAUCCACUGUGUUGCACUGUGGUUUUGAUGAUGCUGUAGACAAUAUGCUUGCAGAAGACCACCAAGAAGAUACUGUGAGAAUCCCAGAUAAGAAACAGCAGAGGGUAGCUGAGGGUGAAAGUAGUGCACGUUGUGGCUUAGAAAAUCUUGCACGUGAUGGUCUUGUAACUCAAAUUCUUGAAGAAACUCCACUUGAUUCAGAGGGUAAAUCAAUGCUGAGCAGAAAGAUGGUGGAAAAUAACCUUGUUGUUGAAACGGGCUCACAGGAAAAGCAAGAAUCAGCUUUUUCACCUAACACUCCCUGUACAGGGGAGUUCAUUGCAACUGAUCUAGCUAUGAAUGAUAAAGACAUGCUAUCUGAAAAUUCCAGCAUGUGCUUAUCUCUACAGGAGUUGAACCCAGCAAGUAUUACCUCUUCUGUACCCAAAAAACAUGACCCCAACCCAUCUGACUCAUCACUUGCUCAAAGCACAGGUGAUAGAGCUAACUUAAUUAAUGGAGAACAUGGUUUAAGUUCAGGACAACAAAUAAACUGUGAAUUGCCACCAGUAGAGAAUAUUGUACAAAAAUCACCUGACCUGACUGGUGCAAGCAAAACUGCAGUUCAUUCUCAGGUUGCAAGUUCUUCUGUUGAUAAUAAUUCCUUUCAGCCUUCAGACAAAGACCAAAAAAGAGGAUUUGUAGGAAGCUGGGUAAAAAAACUGUUAAGCAAGAAUACGUCUUUUCUACCUUCCAGUGCCUCCCUGCCCAAGAAUGAGAGAAGUUGCAAAACUCCCUCAGUGCAAAAGUUAAGUGACACAUGGUUGCCAGUUAAAGGAGCAAGUAACUUUGGUGGGUUUCAAGGCAGAGGUGAACGCAAAUCAUCUCAGACCCUAACAUCAGUGCUUCCUCGGAGUAAUAAUGCUCAAUGUUUAUCAAAGUUCCAAGGAUUUUCUCAAGGCACUUGUCUUCCCCGAAGUCAUAGUGCUAAGGAAGGCCCAACCUGGAAUAAGUCAGGCAAUACACAGGGCGGCUCUGGUAAAACAACUCAGGUCCAUCCGCCUAGCUGUAAUUCUGUGAAGGCAGAAGAGUCAGAUAGUGACAAAACAAGAAAGCUUCGCCUGAAACUGUUAAAAAAGCUUAAUGCUAAAAAGAAGAAGUUGGCUUCACUGGACAGGCUAGCAGUGGAACAGGCGAAACGUGGAAAACCUGUUGCUAGGGAUGUAAGUGCCCCUUCACAGACUGAAUCUCAUAAUGAUAGUGAAUUACUACAGAGCUUUUUAAGGGAACUGCAGUAUCACAUUGAUGCUGCAGAUAAUUCAUCUGAAUUCAGUGUGAACUCAGGAUGCACUAGCCAUAAUAGUAAUGAUGAAAUAUUGGCAGAAUUACUGUCCCCCGCUUCAACUGUUGCUUCCUCAGAGGUUCCAAAAAGUGAAGAUGAAUGCAUGUAUAUGGAAAUGGUAAACAGCAGCAGUGCUGCACCAGCAGAGCCUGCUGAGAAGACCAGUGUGUCUCAUGCAGCAGUGACAAGUGAGGACCGCAGUUACUACGGUCCCGUAAAGGACAGUAAUUACGAACGUACAGUGAGCAAAUCCAGCGUGAAAAAAACUGGCUUUGAGAGUCCCACGAGGGAAGAUAUCCUUGAAGACCUGUUCUCCAUUUCAGCACCAACCACAAUGGCAGGUGACAUGGAUGUACCUCAUUUUGAUGAGACGCUGUUCGAAACCUGGUGAAUGUUUGGUUUAGUAGGGUUUAUUUUUUUCAACAUUAUGUAUAUUUUGAAACAAAUGAUGAUUAAAUUAUAUUUUCUAACAAGUUUAAUUGCACCCUGGCUGUACUUGAACAGUUUCCACUGCAGUUUUUCUUAAAACUUCAUUGUAGCAGACAAAGGCAUUUUUCUGAGAAACCAUUUUUCGAGGAGAUAUAAUUAUGCAUUCAAGCAUAGCUCCUAUGAGUCUUAAUUUUUGCUGCUUUUAACAUGGAAAAUGUACCCGUAUUUUAUUGAAAAAUAACACACUUCGGUAUCCUUGAUGUUGUAAUGGCAUGAGAAGUACUUUAGGUAGCACGGAUCUGUUUUUCAGGAUCACCCAACUGCUGAAGUCUCUUUGUCCAAUAUUUAGGGAAAAGAAUCCACCGUUCUGUAAUUAUGGAUUUUUGUCUCCUUUGCUACAAAGAUUGUGUGUGACGCUGAACUCACAGGGUGAUACUCAAUUCGGAACUGUUGAGAUUACUGUUCUGUAAGCCCCCCCUUCCCAGGAUCCGAAGAAGGACUGAUAGAAAGUACGAGUGCUUCCCUUUGAACUCAGGGCACCUGCUGAGUUGUCAUCCAGGGUAACUGAAAAUAUAAUUUGGCUGAGCGUUAUUUGGAGCCAGGUAGCCAUUUCUUCAAGUAGAAUAAAUAAGAUUUGGGCCAGAGCUUGCAGUGCUAAGAAAGGAUACCGAAUGUAACAUCUACUUACGCAUUGCUGUGAAUUCACUAAUAAAAGAAAGAUUUCUGGGAGUCGGACUCUGAAUUAGCACUUACUGCUGUUGUCCAUAGGGCAGCACACCCCUAUCUGUAUACAAGUGAAUGGCAAGGAAUGGCGAGGUCCAUAGGAGAUAAGUAAUGGAGAACGUGGCAAGACAGCACUGAGUAGGAAGAGAGAGGAAAAUUGGCACUGGUGUUUCUGGGUCUGCAUAUGGCUGUCAUUUUGCUAGGUGGGAGUCUUUGAAAACCGUGGAUACAGAGGUGAGGGUUCUAUAUGCUGAAUUGGAUGAACUGUGUGGUUUUUCUAGUACUAAUGAGAAUUUCAUCAGCAAGUCUUUGUCUCAGUCACUUCUAGAGGUACUCUACAUUUUUUCCAUUCAAUCCUGAAUUUAAAAUAGAUGUGUUUUGAACAUAAUUGUCAUUACAAAGCAUGGCUACAGGUAUAAAUGGUCUUUGAUAGCUUGAACCAGGUUCAGUAAGUGACUGAGAAUCUGUCGGUGGCACUGAAUGCACCUUGACAAGUUGUUUGUGUUGUAAUUUCAUACGUGUUUAUUGAACUGGCACUUCAAGCAAUUAAUGGUUUCGUUCUUGGAGUACUAGUCUUUGUAAAGAAGUGGAGCUCCUCUUUGUUUUAGAUAUUGUAACUGGUACGUUGCAAUAAAAAAUCAGUGGGUUCUGAAUGUGAAGUACCACUGUUCUGCUGGUGAAAUGUUUGUUGGUCUGUUCACUUUGUAAAAAAAAUAAAAUAAUAAAUUGUUGACCAAAAUUA